CGCAUCCAGGUCAUGUACACCGAGCUGGCGAGCUUGAGCGAGGUGAUGGCUGUUGGGACUGCCGCUGCCCUGGUUCCCAUCCGCUUCAUCGAGCGGAAGUCGACUGGGGAUCGGUUUGUUUAUACCGAAGAGAAGACCGCCGGUCCUGUCUGUCAGAAGCUAUAUGCUGAGUUGACCAGCAUCCAACGCGGAGAGGCAGAGGAUAGCUUUGGCUGGUGUCGUGAGAUUGAGCAGGUUACUGCCGCAUAG